AACGGUACUCGCGACCAGUCACAAGCUACAACUCAAACAGUGAACACAUCACAACAAACGAAAUUAACAAAACACUUCUUAGAAGAGAAAGGACUCUUAUCAUAUAGUCAACACGAACAAACAAAUGCUUUUAUUAUUUAUCGCAUUGAGAAAUAUCUAAUACUUUUAUGGUUCAAGGUAACAAGCAAAACAAGUGAAAAGGAUACAACAGUAGGAAGAGAAAAAAAACAUGCGACGCAAUAUCACCCAAUUGGAUAAAUUAUAAGUUUGAGUGUGCGUAGUGUGUGAAGUAAUCCGUGAAAUCGCAAGUGACCAGCAAAGAAAAAGCAUCGGACCACAUUCGAGGUUUUAUUUUUGGUUGAGUCUUUUCGACCAGUUGCAGUGCUCCGAGUGAGUGAACGAUGCCACCCUCCCGCCUGGAUGGACUCUACAGAUCUCUGCUGCUGACAAAAUUCUUCUGUAAGGGCUGGGGCAAACCGGAGAAUCUCGAGAGACUAUUUGAAUUCCGCAAAAUCAUUUCAAAUCGAGCAGCCUGCUCCAAGUUGGUGCCAAAUGAUUAUCCUGUUGAGAUCACCAAAGAAGAAGUAACUUCCGAUUGCAAAAUCUUGGAAGGGAAAUUCAAGACUCCGUUGGAAAUUUAUCUGCCCGGACUGGUACCGGAUGUGGUCCAGAAUGCCCACUUCCAAAUGCUGCUGCCGCUCAAGUGGAACGAUGAGCGGUUCAAGCCAAUGUGCAUCCAUCUCGCCGGCACCGGAGAUCACUACUACUGGAAGCGACGCAAUCUUAUUGCAAAGCCACUACUAAAGGAGGCCAAUCUUGGGGCGAUUAUUCUGGAGAAUCCGUUCUAUGGGAUGCGCAAACCGAAGGAUCAGAGGGCGUCUAGCCUGCACAACGUCUCGGACAUCUUCGUGAUGGGUGGCUGCCUGGUGCUCGAGUCACUAGUGCUUCUGAACUGGUGCGAACGCAAUGGUUACGGCCCGCUCGGAAUCACCGGUCUCUCGAUGGGUGGUCACAUGGCAUCACUGGCGGCCACCAACUGGCCAAAACCACUAGUGCUGGUACCCUGCCUAAGCUGGUCCACCGCCUCGGCGGUCUUCACCGAGGGUGUCAUGAGCCACUCGAUCAACUGGGAUGUGCUCGAGACGCAGUACUUUGCCGAUGGCAACUUCCGCGAGCGGCUGUCCAAAAUGGUAACCAUAGUGGAUGAUGCCUUCGUGGCCGGUCAGCAUUUUAUUCAAAACUUUAACCAAUCGGUGCAGGAACUCAAGCAGGAUAUCAGCGAAACGACCGAAUUGAUUUGUGAAAACGCGCGCAGUGGCGUGAAUCUCACAGUUGUGCGCGAUACAACUCCGGAACGCGAACAGAAGCGAAUUGAAAUCAACCGACGGAAUGUACUGAAUCUGUCGGAACCAUUGCUCAACAAGUUGCUCUCGAAUGUCAAGUGUGAGCUAACCCAGGCGGAAAUAGACGAGCUAAACCUGAAGAUACAGAUCGCUCUGAAAAAUUACAAAGAAGAAAAUAAGACUGACGACAAUACCAUGAUUUUGGAAGUUAAAGCAGAAGAUUCCCCUGAAACAUCCCCGUCCAAAUCGCUUGGAACCAAGAUAAUGGAGUACAUUAGCUGGAACAGUAACGGCAACAAAAAUAGCAGCAAAACUGGGACAGAAUUAGUUCCCACCGAGAAAAGGGAGCCGAUCGAUAUCACCAAAACUCGCUGGUGGGAACGCGAAGCAUUGCAAUUCAUGCGCGGCAUGAUGGAUGAAUGCACCCACUUGAAAAACUUUUCCGUUCCGUAUGACACAUCGCUGAUCAUUGCCGUCUGCGCCAAAGAUGACGCCUACAUUCCUCGCGAAGGUUGCACCAGUCUGGAAGACAUCUGGCCUGGAGCGGAAAUUCGGUAUCUGGAUGCUGGUCAUGUCAGCGCUUAUGUGCUUCAUCAGAAACUGUUCCGUUCGUGCAUUAUCGAGGCAUUCGAGCGGGCGCGCAAGAAGUGGAUCCCGGAGCACGAACGAGUACAGGAGCUCAACCUAGAUAAAACCGACUGAGGUGCGAUGAAUUGUUUGUGCACCAGAAUGGGACCAUUCCCGGCUGUAUAGGCUGUGACAAAACAUUUGAAUUGAACCAAACAAACAAAAAAAAAAUACAGCAAAAUCCGAAAAAUGAGCCUGAACCCAUACCGCAUAGCGGUCGAUGGCUGCAACAUAAAAAAUGCACUUGAUAGUUGUAGAUUAAACCUGUAAACCAGUCAUUACGAGAUAUUAAGGGUUGAUGUUUCCCGAGGAAAGCUAAUGCAUAACAGGGUGCUGCUUCACGUUUACUUCCACUGCUGGAAGUUUAUUGGCGGAAGCUUGAUCAUGGAAGUGAUGUCGACGGGAGACACUUGUUUGUAAAGCAGUAUUUUUGAAUCAAACACGUUGAAACUCACGCUACGCAUAACACUAGUUUUUAGAACGAUUGUACAAUUUACAUUUAUUUUCAGUAAUAAAACAUAAGCUUUUAGGUAGCUCUAAAGCAGCUACCUUCUGGAAA